UGCAACAAAAACAAAUCUGAAAAUGAAAGUUAAGCUAGAAAAUUUUGAUUCGAAAAUUCAUCAAUGGAAGUCUGUUGCGAAGGAACCGCUUCCGCUUAAAGCACACCAAUUCGACCCAGAAAAAUGCACACUUUCGGUUCUUGACCAACGACUACUUCCCAGCAGGAGCGUUUACGUGCCCAUAAGAUCGCUUAAUGAUGGAUUCGACGCAAUCAAACAAAUGAAGGUCCGAGGUGCACCGCUGAUUGCCACUGUUGGAAUGCUGACUUUGUUAGUGGAGCAGUCUAGAAAAAAUGUUAUAGGGGAUGUAGAAGGUUGUUUGAAGGAGUUGGAACAAAAUUGCAGUUUUCUUCUGAGUGCUCGUCCUACCGCAAUAAAUCUCUCAAAUGGAUUUUCCGAACUUCGAGAAUAUGCAAAAGGAUUGAAGGGAGCAGGAGUAAUAAAAUUGAAAAUUGGGAUUAGAAAUUUCAUCCUUGAAUGGCAAGCAAGAGAACGGAUGGAAAAUGAUUUAUUGCUAAGAAAUUCAAUUCAUGCUGUUUUAUCAGCAACAAGGAACCUAGAAAUCGACAAUGGCGAAAAGAAACGCCUUGUAGCGAUAACUAUUUGUAAUACCGGACAGCUGGCCACUAGCUCUUUUGGAACUGCACUUGGUGUAGUUCUGAUGCUACAUCGAUUAGGCCAUUUGAAGUUGGCGUUGGUGCUCGAAACACGUCCUUACAACCAAGGAUCUCGACUAACCUCAUAUGAGCUUAAAAAAGGUGGUGUGCCAUUCCUACUAAUUGCUGACAGCGCGGCAGCUGCUGCAAUCCGGCAUUUUAAAGUGAAUGUUGCGCUAGCUGAUCAAGUAGCGUUGAAUGGGGAUACUGCGAACAAAAUUGGCACCUAUUCUCUUGCUAUUUGUGCACACCAGCAUAAAAUUCCUUUUUUUAUCGUUACACCUGUGGCUUCAGUAAACGCCAAGCUUGAAAGUGGAGAUGGAAUUCAUAUUGAAGAAAGGCCUAGCAAAGAGCUCACUCAUUGGGCUGGAGUAGCUCAUUGUCCAACAAAUUGUCCGGUGUGGAACCCCGCUUUUGACAUAACCCCAGGAAAUCUGAUCUCUGGUUUUCUUACUGAUCGUGGAAAUUUCUCAUCCGAUCAACUAUUAUCUAUAUUCAGUGUAAAUGGAGAAUCGAAUGGAGAAUCAAAAGAAAAUUAA